CAAGGAGUAAAUAAUACUGAGUAACUGCACUCAAAAAUUCGAUUUCUCCAGUAUCUUAACAGCUUGACUUGAGAAACAUCAUGGAACAACCAGCUGUGAAAUUCUGAUCACAGUAUCAAAGAAACUAAGGUCCCGUUUCCAUUACUCUCCUCAAACUCUUAUCUCCAAGACCCAAUUCAGGAAUAUAAGACCUGUAAUGUCUAUUCCACAACUUCGUCCUCCCUUGACUACUUGGGAACUAACCAAGUGGUUACAUUACUAGCUAAUAUAGCGUAAUGUUGUGUCACCAAAUGGUGCAUCAAAAUACGGACGAACUUAGGUAAUCAUAGCUUAAUCUACCCCUCAUUCCCUCUCACGCAUCAUUCAAUUUUCAAAUUCCAAUUCCCACUCUCCUAUGGUAUUCAUUGACGAUCGAUCGUAUCAACCAUUUCGGAAACCCCGACAUGCAUUUUGUUCAACAGUAGAAUAUAAAUGCAUUGGUCAAUGAUUAAACAAUCAUCACUAUGCUGUGAUCACUAUGCAGUAAUCAAACAAUGACGUGACAUCGUUACACGCGACGCACAUUUUUGUUGAGGGGAAAUGAACAUCAGGAGAAAUUGGCCAAUCGUUUGUAUGAUGCGUGUCUGAAUAUUUCAUCGGUUGAACCAAGAUCUAGAAUGUAAUGAAUUAUAAUACGUUUUAGAUUUCCCCCUUUUUCUUACAUUUUGAAGUUUGAAGUUCGUGAAUGAGAAGUUAUCAGGUUCGCAAGCUCAUAAGUUCUCCUCCUUGCUUCGUUUACCAAUUGUCGUUUCAUCGCUUUAGUAUAGUAUAUAUAUUACAACUCACAUCCAUCAAUUGAUCACAAUGAUCAUCCCCUUCUACUUCCACCCCCUCCCCAUCAUCCUCACAUACCUCACCCUCAUCCCUCAAUCCCUCAGUACAGCAAUCCCUCAAUCCCCCUCCAACAUCAACACCAAUGCCAACAGCCACCCCAACCUCGGCGCCUGGCACACCCUCCCACCUAUCCCCAUCUCACCCCGCAAACAACACGCAACCGUCUAUCUAGACCCCUACAUCUACAUACUCGGCGGGGUAAUCCCCACCAACGACCCCACGCACCCCUUCCAACCCACAACCCUCACACAGCGCUAUUCCCUCGAAACCAACACCUGAGCACACACCGCACCCUCCCCAUCCCCUAACCCACCCCAACGCCGCCGUCCUAAACGGCGCCAUCUAUCUCCUCGGCGGCCUAACCCCAAGCUCCCCUCUGAAUCCCACCCUCCUAACCACAACCCCAACAUCCUACAUCUACCACCCCGAGACCAACAUUUGGAGCGCGCUCGCCCUCGAAAUUCCCCCCUCCCUCCAAGUAGCAGCUGCGGCUAUCGCUUCAAGAGGAAAUACUAUCUACCUCGCGGGUGGGCUAACCAAUCUCAAUAUCUCCUCCCCCUCCUCAUCUCCAUCUCCAUCUUCAUCUCCAUCUUUAUCUCCAUCUUCAUCUCCAUCAACAUCAAUACCGACAUCAACACCCCAACAAUCCACCCCAGUAAGCUACUUCACAGCCUACACCUCCGGCCGCGAACUCCUCACUUCACUUCCUCCGCUUCCGGAACCGCGGUAUAAGGCAGCACAUGGGUUUAUAGGGGAUAAGGGACUUUUUUUCGUUAUUGGAGGUAGAGAAGAUUCGAAGGGACAGGAUUCGGAAGGGGACGAUUCGAAAGGAAAUGUGAGAGAUACGAAUUUUGUCUACGAUUUUAGGGUUAAUAUGUGGGGGGAGAGAAAGAAGAUGUCGAGAGCGAGGGCGGGCAUGGCGUCGGCGGUGGUGGGGAGUGAGGUUUUUGUUAUGGGAGGCGUGGGAGAUGAGUAUAAGGGGGAGGAAGUGUUGAUGCUGAAUGAGGCGUAUGAUGUGCUAGCGGAUGAGUGGAGGGAAUAUGCUCCGAUGGAUGUUCCGAGGGUAUGUGUGUGUUUUCUUUUCUUCUUUUUCUAUUUUUUCUUGUUCUCUUUCUUUUUUGGGGGGGAUAUCUGAUUAUGAUUUUUUUUUACUUCAUUAUACCCUAUCCUAUUAUGUAUGUAUGUCCUUCUGAAGAAGAAGAAGAAGAAGAAAAGGAGAGGAGAAUCAUCGAAUUACCUUAUCUUCUUUAAUUUCAUUCAUUCCAUUGUCUCAUUUCUUCCAUUCUUUCUUCUAUUCUUCCAUUCAUUCCAAUCCAAUAAUCCAUCAAUUCAACCCCUAGAACAAUCUCUCUAAACUCACAUCCACAAACCCUCCUUUCCCUUUCCCUUUCCUUUCCUUUCCUUUCCUUCCCAUCCCCACCUCUUCUCACAUCCCCACUAAACCUCCUCUCCCCUCACCCACAAAAAAAAAACAAAAACAAAAAUAUAACUAACAACCCCCCCUCCCAACUAGCACGAUACAUCUGCCAUCGCAAUCAAAAACAGAAUUUACGUUCCCGGAGGAGGCAUAAGUGGAGGAAGUUCCACGGAUUACUUUAGUUAUUUUGAAGUACCUUGAUUUUCUUGAUUUUCUUCGUUUUCCUACAUUCUUUUGUUUCCUGAGCUUUUUUUUUUUAAGGAUUCUCCGGUAUUAAGUAACGGGA